AUGUAUUCCAAGGUCAUCGUUGUUCUUGCUCUUAUCGCCGCCGUCAGUACCCAGUCUUACUACGGACAUCAGCAACAGUACCACCAUGAGGAAGAGCACCACGGACCAGUGCACUACGAAUAUCACUACGAUGUGCACGAUGAUCACACUGGCGAUGUCCACGGACAGAAGGAGGCCCGCAAGGACGACUCUACCCAGGGCGAGUACUACCUGAUCGAUGCCGAUGGCCACAAGCGUACCGUUACGUACCACGUUGAGGGUAAGAGCGGAUUCAUCGCUGAGGUGCACCGUGAGCCGAUCAAGGGAUACCAGGCUCCCCAGCCACAGUACCAUCACCAGCCUCAAUACCAUCAGCAGGCUCCCGCGCAUCAAAAUUAUCAUUACUAG